CGUGCACAUGGCACAGCUGAACUACACCACAUUAUAGUGGUUUUCAUAUAGUAUUAAAUCCCCCCCUGUACAGGUUCACAGACAGCCGUGCUCUUUUCUAUAGCGAAAGUUAUAUGAUGAUCCUGUCUGGAUUUUGGGUGCUCAUCUAUUUAUGUGUAUUCACUUGUAAAGGAUUUUUAAAUGCAGUGGAGGCAACUUUCGAAUGCAAAAAAGGUGAGAUGAUAAGUAGACGGAAAGGAAGAUUUUGUGACCCAUGCCCUGAAAGGCAAUACCAGGCAGGACCAAAUCGCUCUCAGCGAUGUGAACCCUGCACCGACUGCCUUGAGAACAGUGAAUUGAUAUCAGAGUGCACGAAGACUUCCAAUGCUAUAUGUCAGUGUCGUACAGGAUUCAUUAGAAGGAACGAUGAGUCUUCGUUAUGCAAGUGUGCCAAGGGGUCUGGGCUGGAUACAUCAGGAUUAAUAUGCCGUGAAUGUAAGGAGGGAUCCUUUUCCACCAAAAUGGACUCUAAAUGUGUGAAAUGGCGAGAGUGUAGGAGUGGAGUGAGGAUUCUGGGCAGUGUGACAUCAGAUGUGACCUGUAAUGAGAAUUCAGAGCCAGAGGGGAAGGCCCUCUCCUCCACACACACCACUUCCCCAUCUGGCUCCAUCCAGACCUUUUCUAAGUCAUUGAUCCAGAGCCAAAGGUCAUCCCCUCAUCCUGAUGUCCCCACCUUAACACCAGCCCCCACUAUCAAGGUGACCAAAAGUCCCAAGUUCUCAACGGCAGACUUUGGCCAAGUAAUGACACUCGUGGGAAUUGUCCUGCUGCUUACUUUUCUACUGACCACUGUGACCUGCAAACUGAUCACCAUUCCUUGCAUCAAGAACCACAAGAAACCAGCUGUCAGAAAAUCUCAGGACUCAAUGUGCCGGAGGCCAGUUGAAGAAAGUGGAGACAGCAGUUUCUCUUCCCUGGUAAAACAACCAAGUUUGGGGGAGCCAUGAUAGAGAUACCUGGCUCUCUGUCUGUCAAAUAAUUCAUAUUGUCAAAAUGUUGCUGUUAUUCUCAAUACUACUCCUUUAAACCAGAAACAGUUUUCGAAAAUGUUAAAAUAUUGUCAAUAUUUGUUUAUCAUGUAUUCUGUUAUUAUGGAAAAGCAUUUUAGACAUUACUUUGUUUUCAAUCUAUUUGUCAACAAUAGCAUUAUUCUUGGCUGAGCUGGGGGAUCUAGAUAUUAUUUUAUUUUCACAAAUGGGCAUCUGACAAAAUAAUGAUAAAUACUACUUCCUGUUCCUUCAGGUGUCUGGUUAGAUUUACAGGGGAGAUUAUGUGAAAACAAUGCUAUGGUGGCAAAAUAAUGUGGCAACAUUUUGUAAAAUGUGUAUUGUGUUAAAUGUUGUGGUUGUUUAUGUCUUUGCAAAUAAACUUUUUCACAUUUUGCAUGA